AUGACGCAAGCGCACCUCGUUGUGUCUUCAAUGAGCAGUGUCAGGCGGGGACCGAAGGUCGGGAGCCGGGCGCAGGGACGGGCAGUUUGGCGCUGCUGUUCCCCGCGCGCCAGGGAGACGAGCCGCCCCCUCCCCCCCGGAAGCUCAGGUCUCUGGUCCCAAACGAUUUCUCAAUUUGGAAUGAAUUUGUCCAAAGGAAUAAAUAUUCUUUCUACACUGGCAGAAGAAGCUACUGCUGUUAAAAGUGAGAUUAUCACUUCAACAGUCUCAGAAUCCAAGGGCUUAAGUGACUUCCACCAGUUCACUGUUCAGAGUGAAGCAAUGACAGUAAAACUGCUGGGAUUCCUGGCUAGAUGUUCCCAUGUGUUAAUGAAAAUAUGUGAGUGCCAAGGCCUUCAUAAACCUAGGCAUCCAGUGUUAAAACUAAGCAAUGAUGUUGUCAGGGCAUCAUUCAGAACUCUAGCACCAGACAAAGUCUUGAACUUGUGCACUCCUGAAACUGCUACCUGUUGCUUGACAAAUCUGCGUGAACAACUCAAGAAUUGGCAAAUGUCAGAAGCAAAGGUUGUGAAUUACCAGGUUGGAGAAGUUUAUCCUCCAUUCAGGGAGGAUGCUCUAAGGACUGUGAACUACAAGCAUGGACUAAGUAGUGUUAGAAAGUUUAUGAAAAUGCCAACAAGAUUUUAUUCAGUUGUAUCAGCUGGUAAAAUACUGCCAAAACAAAGUAUUCUGCCAACUAAGAGACCACCGAAGGCACCUAGGACCAAACAGCCAUCCAGAGCUAACCAGCCACUGGUGUCAGAAACUGAGGAUCUGAUGCAGUGUACAGCCUUCGCAACAGCAGAUGAAUAUCAUCUUGGUAAUCUGUGUCAUGAGCUGACUUCAUAUGGAUACGUUGAAAUAACAAGUUUGCCUAGAGAUGCAGCAAAUGUUUUAGUGAUUGGCACGGAAAACGCUGCAAAAGAAUAUGAUCCUGGUAUGAUCUUUUUCUUCAGGGAAGGGUCUGUUGUGUUUUGGAAUGUGGAAGAGAAAACGAUGAAAAAAAUAAUGCAAGUGUUGGAGCGGCAUGAAAUUCAGCCUUAUGAAGUUGCACUGGUUCAUUGGGAGAAUGAAGAAAUUAACUACAGGAAAGGAGAAGGCCAGUCAAAGCUCCACAGAGGACAAAUCUUGUUAAAUUCUGACCUGGAUAUUGAUGAAGUAAUUCUGCAGAAAUUUGCCUUUUCAAAUGCUCUUUGCCUUUCUGUAAAACUGGCCAUUUGGGAAUCAUCCUUGGAUAAUUUUGUGGAAUCUAUCCAGUCAAUUCCUGAGAUAUUAAAAUCAAGAAAAAAUGUGAAACUUUCUCAUGCUGAUGUAAUGCAGAAAAUUGGGGAACUCUUUGCCUUACGGCACUGUAUAAAUCUGAGUUCAGACCUGCUGAUAACUCCUGACUUCUACUGGGACAGAGAAAACCUUGAAGAGCUUUAUGACAAAACCUGUCAGUUUCUCAGCAUUAAUCGCAGAGUUAAGGUAAUGAAUGAGAAACUUCAGCACUGCAUGGAGCUGACGGACCUGAUGCGAAAUCACCUGAAUGAAAAACGUGCCCUGCGCUUGGAAUGGAUGAUAGUCAUACUCAUCACUAUAGAGGUCAUGUUUGAACUUGCCCGAGUAGUUUUCUGACCAUGGCAGAAGCUAAGAACAUCUGAGAAAAGUAUGACAGGACCAUAUUCAGAACAGAAAAAAGUUCCUUGCUCCCACCUCUUUAUUUUCUGUAUACUUCUGGAAAAUGCUGUAAUUAUCUUACUAAAUGAAUGUAUUUAUGUAUAAAUAAAUGUACAUGUGUUCAAAUAAACUGUGAACUUAGUGAAUAAAUUGUAAGUUAGGUUCAGCACUACUGGACAACUGAUCUUUUGAUAUAACACUAAUCUAUAGGAUUUAUGCAUUUUAAGUGACGUUUCUGCAGUGAGUAGGAAAUGCUGUGUGUCAAUAAAUGUCUCCAAUGUGACAUUA